AUGGCCAACCGAUUGUCAGGCCGUCGGAUAUUGAUCAGCAUACCUAUCGUUAUCUUCAUCAUAUUCAUUCUCUUCAUCGGUCCCAAUUCGCCGCAGUCGCCCGUGCGCGUGCCCAACAACCUGGGGAAAGCCGCCUCAUCCGUGCUGGUCAAGGAUGAUCUCACAAAAGGAGAAGUUGUGAUGCCUAAACUGGGCAACGAAACUGCAAAGGCCGAAUUGGGCCGUGCGACCUGGAAGUACUUCCACACGAUGCUAGCCCGGUAUCCAGAGGAUCCGACGGAGGAACAACAGGAAACGCUACGCUCAUUCAUCUACCUCUUCGCGCGACUCUAUCCCUGUGGCGAAUGCGCGUCGCACUUCCAACAACAUCUGAAAAAGUACCCACCCCAAGUGGGUUCACGGAAUAUCGCGGCGGGAUGGGGGUGCUUCAUUCACAAUGAGGUCAAUGCGAUGCUCAAGAAGCCCGAAUUCGACUGCAACAAUAUCGGCGAUUUCUACGAUUGUGGCUGCGCGCACGACGAAGAAGACGGGGAGAAGGGUCAGGCUGCAUCGGAAUAA